UGCUUCAACUACUACAGCCCCCGCCGGCGGCCCAAGCUCCUGGACUGCAAGCACACUUGCUGCUCAGUGUGCCUGCAGCAGAUGAGGACCAGCCAGAAGGACCUGCGGUGCCCCUGGUGCCGCGGGAUCACCAAGCUGCCGCCGGGGUACUCUGUGUCGCAGCUGCCCGAUGACCCCGAGGUGAUCGCCGUCAUUGCCAUCCACCCCACCUCGGAGACAACCCCAGUCUUCACGGAGCACACCCCCGUCUUCAUCAAACUCCCCAGCAACGGGUGCUACAUGCUGCCCUUGCCCCUCUCCAAGGAGAGGGCGCUACUGCCGGGAGACAUUGGCUCUACAGGGAAGUGGCACUUGCAGCCAUCUUUUAUUGAAGGAGCUUCUGAGCAGGGAGGCGAAGUGGGCUAG